AUGGUUAAUCGCGGCGGUCAUCGAGGCGGAAACGGCUAUGGACGGAAUUUCAAUGGCAAUAAUGUACAACAAAAUAAUGUCAACCGAGGCACCGGAUGCUACACUUGUGGUAGAUCUAAUCACAUAGCACGAGAUUGCUGGAGCAAUCGACCUAAUGUGCAACAAAAUACGUAUAACAAUAAUCGUGUAAACGGCACGCGCCAUGCGAGCAACAGCAAUAAUGUUCGUAGGGACAAUAACAAUACUCAGGGCGUACUUUGCAGUUACUGCAAUAAGAUAGGUCAUGAAAUUUCAAACUGUUAUACAAAACAAAAAAACGAAAGAAGCACGUCGGGAAACGCCAACGGACCAUCAGCAGUGGGAGUCAGAUUGGUCCAAGAAAUAGUUCAAGACCCACACACAGGAUUUUCCACAUCACAGCAAAAUUAA